UUGAUGCAUUAGUUCUCAUCAGAAACCAGGACUACGGCCAUGCUAAGGAAGGUAUAAUGUCGGAUAACGAUUAUAACGCAUCCGUUGUCAAUAUAGAACGUUGUAUCUUAGACAUUGCUAAAGUGUGUAACAAGGAAACACAGUUUAAACAGAAAUUACGGGAGGCAAAAGAUGGUGCACUCGAUCAAACUCUGUUUACACAGUAUCAAAACAACUUGAUGGAAACGCUUACCAGACAAGCAGACAUUCACAAGAGUGUUGCAGAUAUAGGGCCUUGUCUAAACAGGAUAGGUAACAAAAUCGCCGAAAAAGCAGGGAAAAUUCCAAAACUUAUGGAUGAAUGUGUUAAGAAAGGAUAUGAUUAUCAAGAACAACUGAUGGAAAGGUUUAACCAAACUUUAGUAAAAGUCAAAAAUCAAACACACAUGGAAAUUGAUUAUCAUGUAGUGCUAGGAACAUUUGUUGAAACUAAUGCUGUCAGAAAAUGUAAGGAAUGGAUGAACAAAAAAGAUGUCUUCGUCAUCAUUGGUAAUGAAGGAUCAGGGAAGUCUAGAAAUGGAUUAGAAAUACUUAGGCAGUUUGGUCUAAUAGAUGAAGAUUUUGACUUAUUAAAAGUAACAAAUAUCAAACAGGUAAGGGAUAUUAUUACCGAUGAAAGAAAAACUGCCAUAUUAAUAGAUGAUGGAUUUUCUUCAAAAGUGUACUAUAAUAAGAAUUUUAACAAUUGUGAUAUUUUAGAUUUUUUAAGUGCAAGGAAACAUAAAGGGAAUAUGAAGAUAAUCUUUACUGUAGACUCUUCUACUAUGAGUUCUUUCAAAAUUGUACUUGUUUCUCAUGGAUUGUUUCAAAAUUGUUGUAAAAUUGAUCUUAGCACUGACAGAUUUUGCAUGAGCGAGGAAGAAAAAGCAAGUUUGUUAUUUAAUUUUUGUAAACAACAACAUAUUAGUACUACAUGGGAUUCAUACGAUGGUAACGAGGAUUUAAGUUUAGACAGGAAAACAGUUUAUGAUAUCGCCAAAACGGACCCGUUUACAGGAUAUCCGAAAUUAUGCUAUAUAUAUUUACCUCAAACAAAAGUUUUUUAAAGCUAGGUAUUAACUUUUUCAAACAUCCAGAUCAAUCCCUUAUGGAGGAAAUAAAUUCACUAAGAGAUUCUACAGACAUUAAUUCUGAACUGAAUAUUUCGUACGCUCUGUUGGUUUACACACUUCUACAAACUGGUUGCUUAGAAUUAAACCUAAUAGACUUAUCAAAACUAGAGGCAAUUAUGGACUCAUGUUGUAACAGUCAACGAAGACGUUUAUUUAACAAUAAAGUUAAAAAAAUUGCAGAGCAAAUGGAUGGUCGUUUUUUGAUACAAGACUCUCAAACAAUGGUUUAUUAUUUUAAACACCCAAUGAUAUAUGAAGCAUUAGCGAUAUCAUAUUUUGAUGUCAAUCCCUCUGAAGUUAUUUCAAUUUUAAGCUGGGAUUUUAUAAUUGAAUCUAUAAAAUUAGAGUUUGAGGAUUGGGGACAACAGGAGACUAGUUUGACCAUUGCAAAAGAAAUGUUUGGAUUUUUAACUAAACGGCUUUUCAUAUUAUUUGAGAAAGAUUAUAAAAUGAGAUCCGCUGAGUUUAUGAAGACACUUUGUGGCUCGUCAAUCAUACUGCAGAAUAAUCCUGAUUUUAUAGGUCUUUUAAUCAAGGAGUUUGACAACUGUACAUCACAAGAUGCGAUAGACAUUCGCAUUGAGGGUAGAAGUGAUCAGAUAUUAUUUCAC